ACCACUUGAUGUAGUGAUGUUCAAACCUCUAGCGAACGCUUACUCAACUGAGUUGACUCAAUACCUUCAAAACAGCCAAGGGUUACUCAAUAUAACCAAAGGAGACUUCUUCCCGCUCUUCUGGAGGUCCUGGACCAAGGUUUUUAAACCUCCCCUCAUCAAGAGGUCCUUUAAAGCAACUGGUAUACACCCACCCAACCCAGACGUUGUACUCAGUAAGUUUGCCAAGGAGGGGUUAGAUUCAGAAGCCAGUUCAACCUCUGUACUCUCCGGGGAGGAUUGGCUCAAGCUGAAGUCAAUUGUACGUCGUGAGGUGAGGGAUCAGAGCAGCAAGGGCGUCAGGAAGCUUCAACGAAGUUUACACCACCUUGCAGCUCAAAAUACACUCCUUCACGGCGAACUCAAAGGCCUCAGGGAGUCCCUAGCCAUCAAGAAGAGGCGGGAAACCAAAUCCUAUACCCUACAGCUUGAGGAUCAUCCUGAGUAUCAUGGUGGAGCUGUUUGGUGGUCACCAACAAGCGUCAAACGAGCUCGCGAUCACAAGAUACAACAACAACAACAAGCCGAGCUUGAAAAGCUUCAAAAAGCCGAGCAAGCCGAGAUCAAGAAGGCAGCUCGCGAUUGUGAGGCUCAACUCAAAGCUGUGAAGCGUGUAGAGCGGGAGAGACGGGCGGAGGAGAAGAGGAAGGAGGAGGCUGAAAAGCUGGCGAAGAAACAACACCAACAGCUCAUCAACAACACCAAAAAAGCUUAUAAAACUUUCCUAAAAGGGUAAGCGCAAGGCUUCACAACCUUAUACGCCAGCUACAAAGCGUCAAAA